AUGUCAGGGACUACAGCAGCAAGUCAUGCUGCUGCAUUGGCGGCUUUUAAAGCAAGUAGCAAUAAAGACCCACCCAAGAAACCAAAUACAAUGGCAUCAUUGUCAGCAGCAACGUCAAUGUUGGGACAUUCACAACCACAACAACCAAGUGUCCUACGAACCACAUCUCGAAAUGCAAGAGGUUCGAUACCCAAAUUAACUAUUCCAGAUAUAAAUCCUCAAAAGGUUUUGAGGUCUCCAUUGACACUGCCAAGAACUCCAGAAUAUGUACAAAAGUCACGAAUGGGGUCAGUGGAUACUCAAAGUUCAUCAGAUAUAGAGUCAUUAAACUCCUCAUUUGAUUAUUUUUCAUUACCCAAGAGUAGUAGCAGUCGUAAAGAAAAGGUCAACAAUGUCAAACCUCAAGAUAUGAUAAAUAAUGUUAAAAGGUCAAUAGAGGAAAGAUCAACAGCAAAGGAUGCUAGUCAAAGAAGAAUUUCAGCCAUAUAUGAACCUAAAGCAAUGAUAAAGAAUGUUAAAGAUGCCAUUAGUGCCAAAUCUACAAAGAACCCUCUUAUUAGUUCACCUUCAUCUGAUAGUGUUUACAAACACAAUUCUGCCAUUCAUGAAGUUAGAGAAAGAAUAGAACUGAAACGGAUAUCAACUCCGGUUUUAAAGGAUGACUCAAUGGAUGCUGCAAGAACUACUUAUGGAUCUCCUAUUUAUCAGGAAGAUUGGAAUAAUUCUUCCGCUUCAGUAUCGACUUCAGUUCUGGACUUGGAAAUUCAAGACUCUACUCCUAUAGUAGAGUCUGACAACGCAGAUAGUACACUUGAGAACGAGACCAUUCAUAAAGAAGAAACUCUACAACAACCACAACAACCUCCUAUUAUGAUACCGCCGUCACCAAGUGCUUUUGCAAGAACUUUGGCUGUAGGUAGUGUGGACAGUUUGAGCAAUUCAUUGCCCUCACCAAGAUUGAUUGCGGUCAAUUCUCAAAAUACAGAUAUAGGGUCAGUUGAAGAAGUAAAUAAACCUAAAUUAAAAAGAAAACCACCACCAGGAAUCUCAGUUGAUGAUUUAGCUCCAACAAGUUCAUAUAAUGAUAAUGAAUCGGAAAAUGUUUACUCAAAUCCUUCAUCUACAACACUGUAUAAUGUUAUGUAUAACGUUAGUUCUUCAGAUUGGACUGAUGGAGAAAGCUAUCAUGUUGAAACACCAGGUCGAGAAGGUAUUUAUUCAAAUACUAGUGCUCGUACGCCUAUAGAACAACCAAGGCCAUCUACAAAUACGGUAUACAAAAUGGUGGCCAAUGAUAGUAGAGUUACUAUUGGAGAUCUGGGGGCUGAAUCUGAUUAUGAUUAUGGAAAGUUGUCACAUCAAAAUCAACCUGUGAGAAUGAAAUCAACCAUGAGAAAAAGAGAUAAGAGAAAGGAUAGAAAGCUUAUUUUUAAUGAAAACAAGCCAUGGAAGAAUCAUCAGGCUUUAACCAUAAUCACAGAUCAAGAAAGAAAGCGAUAUGAAGGUUUAUGGGCUAGUAAUAGAGGGAGUUAUAUGAAUGCUGUUGUUACACCUAUGGUUGGAAUAAAUCCCACUGAUAUUAAAUCAUCUGAAUCUAAAGAUGAUUCAAUUAUUGCAAGUGGUGCAAUUUCAUUAACUGCGGCUAGACUUUCAUCGAAGCUGGAUUCCUUGAGUACUACGGAAGAUUUACAUGGAUUAGAAGUAUCUGAUCCAAAUCAACUUAUCCAUGGAUUAGUAGUAAAGAGAAUUUGGAGUCGAUCUAGAUUACCUGAUGAAACCUUAAAGGAAAUAUGGGAUUUAGUUGAUUUUAGAAAAGAUGGUACAUUAAACAAGCCAGAAUUUUUAGUUGGUAUGUGGUUAGUUGAUCAGUGUUUAUAUGGUAGAAAGCUUCCUAAAAGAGUCGAAGAUCUCGUAUGGGAAAGUUUGGGUAAUAUCGGUAUUAAUGUAGUAAUUAAAAGAAAAGGUAAGCGAUAA